AUGGAUCAAGAGGGCAGGGUUUUGUGCAGGGACGGGAAAAAGAAGGUGUACAAUGCCAUGGCCGCGAUUAAAGACCACCUGUACUCGAGUCCCGAAGACGCGGCGAAUUUCCUGGCGACUCUCCAGUCGGAGCCCGGUAUGUUCGUCGAACGCGAAUUCGACUCAAUCGGGAGGCUGGAAAACGUCUUCUGGGCUACCGUGGACCAGCAGAACAAGAUCGCGAGAUAUGGGGCAUGCAUCCAGAUGGAUACCACGGUAUUCAUGAACAGAUACGGAUGCCCUCUUCUUUUCAUUGUGGGCGUUGACGACGAAAACCGGAGCUGCAUCUUGGCGCAGUGCCUGCUGCGGUCGGAGUGCACUGAGACAUUCAAGUGGAUCUUGACCAGCUGGGACGGCGCUUCUGGAGACCGGAGGCCGAAGGUCUUCCUAACGGAUGGGGAGAAGGCGAUGACUGCUGCCCUGCGGGGAUGGAAGACGACGUUGCACCUGUACUGUCUGUGGCACAUCUUCAAGAACGUCCUCAAGAAUUGUGCCUCGUCUUUCCCCGACGCUGAUGAGCGCAAGGGGAUGCUAGGUCUCUUUCGCAGCGCCACCUACGCAACGCCGGAGGCCUUCAACAAGCACAGUGCUGACCUGGAAAGGACUAUUGCGGGCAAGGAGUGUGCCAAGUACAUGCAGGACCUAAUCGAGUUGGGAACGCGAGCUAUUGCAGCAGAGAGGCCAUUCCAGGCUGCGCACCUUGAUAAGUUUUUCGGGCCCGUCAAAGUGGAGCUCGAGCGCGUUGGCGCUAGCCAGUUCUGCCAACGGGACUCGUGCGAGCACGGCGAACGUUGUUGCGUGUCAAUUAACGACCUGUGCGCUGAGAUCAAAGGGCGAUCUCGUAUACUAGCUUCUUACGACACCGCCCUACGGCGCCACCUUGCUCCCGUGGGAGAGUAUAUCGCCGCAACCACCGGUCGGAUGGACGUUCCCGAUGGCCUCAACAAAAGCGGGGAAUCGUUCCAGCACAGCGGACGUUGUCGCGUGUCAUUUAACGACCUGUGCGCUGAGAUCAAAGGGCGAUCUCGUAUACUAGCUUCUUACGACACCGCCCUACGGCGCCACCUUGCUCCCGUGGGAGAGUAUAUCGCCGCAACCACCGGUCGGAUGGACGUUCCCGAUGGCCUCAACAAAAGCGGGGAAUCGUUCCAGCACAGCGGACGUUGUCGCGUGUCAUUUAACGACCUGUGCGCUGAGAUCCGGGCGGUGUCGUAUAAACGCUUAUUUAUGCCACCGCCCUACGGCGCCACAGUGCCCCGUGGGGGAGCAUACCUCGGCAACCACUGGUCGGAUGGACGUUCCCGAUGGCUUGAACGACGGCUACGGAGUGUAGUCAACCAGCACACCUCUUCUACCGAGGCUCGACCUUUGUACCACUCGGCAUCAGCAUUGGUCCAUCAGUUGUUUUAUGUCUUGUUCUUUUACGCUCCUGUAUCUGUAUUGGUUAAUGUUCCUCAUCGAACACGCCGACCGGGAGAUCACGAGCCGCAGCUGCCGAGCGUGGAAGUGCUACCGCCGGAACGGUGCUUCGAUGUACGACAGGCGACGGGCCAACCUCACCUCAAGAUCCGGCUACUCCAGGCUGAAGUGGUGGAGACUCUCCUGUAUGGGUGUGCCUCGUGGAGCCUUUCAGUGGAGCACUACACGAAGCUCAAUGGGACCCACCGCCAGUUCCUUACACGGUGCAUCGGCUGGAGCAAGCGGAAACGCUCAGACCGCCCCCUAUCCUAUGCCCAGGCCCUCAUCCAGGCAGGCUGCAAGGAAACCAUCGAGGCCACCGUGCGCAAACGGAGACUGUGUUUCGCGGGCUUUGUUAUGCGCAUGGAGGACAGCCGCCUCCCCAAGCGCAUGCUGUUAGGAGCGAUGGCGGGGGGCGUGGGAUACCGGGGCGGGCAGGAGAGCGACUGGGUGCCUCGUCUAGGAGAGGACCUCGUGGCGUUCAACAUGAGAGACGAAAAGGAAGGGGGUAAAUGGAAAGAGAGCGCCAAGGAUCCGGAGGUGUGGUACGACAAGGUCGAGGACGGGGCGGCAUGGUUCAUGAGGAAAUGGCACAGGCAGGAGGUGUUCGUGGUCGCGGUAGCGGUGGCAGCGGCAUCGGCAGCGACAGCAGCAGCGGUGGCAGGAGCGGCGAUGACGGCGGCAACGACAGCAGCAGUGGCAGCGACAGCGAGACGGAUCUCCCGGCGCUCUGUAGACCAGAGACCCGGCGGCUCGCCCAUUUCGACAAGCCGACGGAACUCACCGGCCGCCGCACUAGGGAACCCUCGCCGAAACCCGAGGUACGAGUCGCCCCCGUCGCCGACAAGUGCCGAAGCCCUGCUCGCCUCGGUGGCGAGCCUGCCCGACAGCAGCACGGAGGAGUUCACCCGCUGGAUGCUCUCGGCAGUACUUCACGUGGCGGAGGGGCUAGAGGCGAGGGUGGUGCGAGAGUUGCUGUCCGAGCGCGCGCAGGAGGCCCACGCUGCGCGCCAAGAGGCGGAGGAUUUCCUGCUGGGUACGGUGGACCUCAUGCUCAACUCGCCAGACGCCUUCGAGACGGCUCUGACUCUGCAGUAUCACCGGCGCAAGCUGAUGAAUUUGCUGGAGUAGCUGUAGCAGUUUGUAGCAUUUGGGAGAGGCCAUGUUUUCUAUGCGGGGAAAGGCGCAUGACUAGUGCGGUCUGUGUACCAAUGGAAGGAGUAGGGGGCGUUGGGAGACCAUCGUCCGGGGGAACGUAGUUCCUCGCGUUUUUGUCUUCGCCUUGGCCUUUCUAAUCAGUGCGGCCGUUGUGAUCCGCUGUGAUAGCGACGGUUUUUUUUGUGGUGGUAGGGUUUUUCCUUGAGGGGUUUUGCCCGGACACCGGGUUUCCCCUCCAUAUAUUACCAUGUUGGUAUUUUCUGAUAUAUCCUGGGGCGUUCGUGCCCAAUGAUGGUUAGUCACUUGCGUGAAGAACCAGGGAGGGUGUUCGUGAGUCUGCGAACAUUGCUGUUGGAUACAUGUGCUGGAUGAUUUUGUGUCACGCAGACUGGACGCGGAAGCGUCCGCGAAGCGCCAGCGCGCGAGGGAAGCAGAAGCAGAGAGUACGGCCUCAGGACCGAAGAGAAAAAGAGCAGGGGAAGCGGCGGUGGGGGGAAGAAACGGCGACCGGGCACUGCGGUAGAAGCGAGUAGGGCGGCCGAGGCAGCACUUGUGGCGAACUAUGUACCCGGCUGAUGNCAGGGGAAGCGGCGGUGGGGGGAAGAAACGGCGACCGGGCACUGCGGUAGAAGCGAGUAGGGCGGCCGAGGCAGCACUUGUGGCGAACUAUGUACCUGGCUGACGCUGUUGCGCCCUGUUUCCCUCCCUGCUGUAUGCUAUACUCCUUUAUGUAUGUCCUUUGUAUUGAAAGCUUCAUCCUUCGAUGUCACAGCAGUGCUGUUUGGCAUUGCGGAGAAACUGAGCUUCGUGUCCCAUGGCACCAACGACGGACCAUUGUAUGCACACGUGCCUGGCGAAUCUACUGCUGCUGUGCAGGUAUGUGCGUUGCCUAUGCACUGAUGUGAUACCUUUUGAGCCAACCGGUGCAAAGCGUUGUUGUGAACGAACACGUGAAAUUGUCGGCAUUUAGCAGCACAAGGGUCAGUUGUGUUGGGUCUGUCUUGGCGUGGUCACAGCACCAGCAGUAUAGAAGCGUUCGUUUACGGCGAUGUACUGUAGAUUCGAAACACGCUACUGGUGUACGACACAUUCUUGUAGCCCACCUUUGAGUCGACUAUGUAGGGGCGGUGCUUGCGUGGAGCUACAAUCUAGGGAUGGAUGAGCAAACCCUGUCGUACUUUGUCGGAAGGGUUUUGAAGGAGACACCCAACUUGAGACGACCCCCCUCUUUAUGCUCGUUAUUAACGCUUCGGAAAAGUCGUGCAAUU